AUGAUUCGAUUCUGCCAAGGAAAACAGAAGGAGGAGAGCUUCCUUAGAUACAAGAAUAAUACUCCUCGGAAGGUGGUCGUGUCCGGAGAUGAUCUGAAGGAGCCCCUGGAUAAAUACGGACAUUUACGGCGCCCGAAAACUCUCGCUGGUGGACGAAUACCAGGCUGCAUCAACUGUCCACAAGCAGUGCCUGUAUUUUCCGGCUGCAUCAGCUACAUAACUCUGGAUACGUACCCUGGGCUGUUUACCCUGGACCAUAAUAUCCGGUCCACAAUACCCCGGUCUAUAGUACCCUGGCUACGCGUGACCCCGGGCCGCUUGACCCCGGGCUGGAAUAGUUGUAAUGUGGUGUCCGGACAGGUGGCUGGCCAUAUAAAGAACAGUCUUAGUGUUAACGACUGUGGUGUGCCCGCGGGCGUUGUGAAAUACAGUAACUUUGUUCGCUGUAUCUUAACUGCGAUGGAUUGUUCUCUGUUGGGGGGUAAAGCCUUGAAGAUAUAUGUAAGUCUGCCGGAUGACGUUCUAGUAAAUUACAAGUUGUUAAAAGACGCGUUAUUGAAAGGAUAUAAUGUUGAUGUUGAUUCCUACCGUAAGAAGUUUAAGGAGAGUAAGGUGGGUGAAAACGAGACGUACGUACAGUUAAUGUCUCGGCUGAUUAGGUAUUUAGAUAACUGGCUAAUUAUGAGUGACGUCACGAAGAACUACCAGGAGCUGUUUGACUUCUUAGUUCGCGACCAAAUGUUAAGCAAUUGUCCGUUUGAACUUCGCGUUUUUCUUAAGGAGCGAGUUUUUGAAACUACUCUUGACAUGGCGCAAGCAGCCGAUAGGUUCCGUAGUGCACACAAAUCUCCCAAAUUCCGUAAAAUGCCUAUCAAGGAAGAUCCUGAUACAAAGAACGGUACAAAAUCUGGCGUUAGGGAUAAGAUCGUGUGUCACCACUGUUCCAAGCCAGGUCAUAUACGUCCUUCUUGCCCUGACUUAAUGCUUGGUAAAAGCAAAUCCUCUCAAAGGGUGAACUUUGUGUUUGACUCUGACCUCUCUCCCAACAAUAGCAUCACGUGUGAGGGAAUGUUAUAUAAUAGACCCGUACAUGUACUCUUUGAUUCUGGCUGUUCGUCUAUCAUCGUUAAGGAAUCGCUCAUCCCCGCCACGGCCAAGCGAGGGAAAAUGGUCACUCUGUACGACUACCUGGGAGUGGGCCGGAGUUUUCCAACUGUGCGUUGCCUUAUAAAGAGCGAAUUUUUGAAUGGGUGGUACAACGUUGUUGCUGCUCCUAUUAAGUUCACCGAUGUUCUUGUGGGUAUGGUGCCGGGUGUCUCAGUGCCAUCCGUGAAUAACCCUAACCUUAGCAUAUCGGUAAAUUCUCCCCGCACAGAUAUCGGUAACGCGGAUGUUGUUAAUGCAGUUGUUACGAGGGCUGCUAAAAUAAAGGAAGAUGCCGAACCAGCAAAACUGACGGUUCCUCAUUUUCAGUUUAAUAGUGUAUCUAAGGAUGAUUUUCUGAGUGCUCAGCCUGAAUGUUCUUCUCUCGAAAACAUCAGAGAUAAAGUAAAAAGCAAGUCUCUAGUAAAUGUAAAGAGUCGUUCUGUUAGAUACGAAAUUGUGAAAGGCUUAAUUUACCGAGUGUGCGUUAAAAGCAAGCACAAUCAUGAAAUAGGUGUUAAGCAGUUGGUAGUACCUCGUAAGUUUGUAGAUUUAAUUCUUUCAACCGCUCAUGACUCUCCUGUGGCAGGUCAUUUUUCUCACAGGAAAACCGCUGACAAGAUUUUUCAUAAAUUUUUCUGGCCAGGUGCGGGAGCGGAAAUAAAACGGUACUGUCGUUCAUGUCACGUGUGUCAGAAGACGGCUCCUAAAGGUAAAAUAGGGAGAGCACCCAUGGUUCAGAUGCCGAUAAUAAGCGAGCCUUUUGCCAGGGUUGCAAUUGAUCUUGUGGGGCCGAUAACACCUGCUUCUAGCAGAGGCCAUAAGUAUAUUCUAACGCUAAUUGACAUGGCAACUAGAUUCCCGGAAGCAGUACCCUUACGGAAUAUAGAUACUGUCACUGUAGCAGAGGCUUUGCUAAGUAUUUUUUCGCGUGUGGGAAUACCGAAAGAAAUACUUUCCGAUCGCGGAACCCAGUUCAAAUCGGAUUUAAUGGCAGAGAAAAACAGAAUGCUCUCAAUAAAGGCAUUAUUUACAAGUCCAUAUCAUGCUUGCUGCAAUGGAACUGUGGAGCGAUUUCACGCAGUGUUAAAGUCCAUGCUUAAAAAACUCUGCGGAGAACGACCCCACGACUGGGAUCGCUACAUCCCGUCUGUUCUAUUCGCGUACCGCGAGGUUCCUAACGAUACUCUGAAAUUCAGUCCAUUCGAAUUGCUGUACGGUCGCAAAGUGCGCGGUCCACUGUCCAUUCUUCACGAUCUAUGGACCAGAGAUGACCUUAAUGAUGAGAUCAAAAGCACUUAUCAAUACGUUCUUGAUUUGCGAUCCCGAUUAGAGGAAUCCGCCCAGUUGGCUUCAUCCCAUGCAGAUGUUUCUGGUAAAAUGUACAAAGCCUAUUUUGACAGAAGUGCUAAAGUACGCAAAUUAAACGAAGGCGACGAAGUACUUGUUUUGCUGCCAACAUCUCACAACAAGUUAACAAUGCAGUGGAAGGGACCUUAUUCGGUAGUGAGGAAGCACGAUAACGGCGUAGACUACGAGGUAAAGAUUAAUACGAAAAAAGAGAUUAUAUCACAUAAACAUGCUUAA